AUGAGACAGAACAGCACAUGGAAGCAGAUCAAAUAGCAAAAGAGUAAGACUAAGAUUCGCUCUCUGAAAAAUUCCUUCCCAGCUUGCAAUGAUUGUGAGCUAAACUUUCCAACUAUCAAUCAUUUCGCCAGAUGCAAGUGCAAGAACAUUUAGUUAUGUUUCAACUGCACAAGAAAUCACUAAGGUGACACUAAUCAAUAUGAUGAGUUAAGAUGUCUGAGAUGUGGAGAGCUUGUCUACCUCUAUUAGUAUCCAGAAAGAUUUGGAGACUAAAAUCUCAACUCAAUUGGCAAAAAAACUUGCUCAAGAAAAAUUCAGAGAUGUCCAAUCAAGGUUUAGCAUAUAAAGCCAAGUGACAACAGAAGAAUAGAGUAGUUGCUUACUUAUAGAAUAGUACAAGAAAACUUACUCUAUGUGAUCGGCAUUCCACAGAAGUAUGCUAAUGAGAAUCUCUUGAUGAGCGACCGGUUCUUUGGUCUGUAUGGGAAAGUUCAAAGACUAAGGAUUAACUAUUAGCCAAAGGACUGCUAUGAAGGACAAUGUGCCGUCUAUGUUUGGUAUGAGCACCCAGUAUAGUGUCUUGUUGGCAUGAAGUUGGGUUCAAGGUCUGUUUUGAAAUGUUCAUUUGGAACAUCAAAGUACUGCUCGAAUUAUUUGAGAGACUGCUAUUGCGAUGCUUAUGAAAGAGACCCCAAGUCAUGCCCAUUUUUGCAUUACCUUGAGAGAAGAAGAGACAAGGUUAUUGAAAAUGAUCCUGAAUUCAGGGAUUACUUGAAUUUUCAAGACAAUAUAGUAGAUUAGUUCAUUAGAUUGCUUAAUAUUGAAGACGCAGAUAUCUAAAAUCAGUCAGCUCAGGAAAUCUCAAAUAAGUAUCUUUCAAAGAUUAAAUUAAAUUUUACUAGAAUUUAUGAUAAUAGAUUACCAGAUCCUAUAGAUUUUCUUGGCCCAAAGUCACUACCUGCUGUAGAUCUUGAUUUCCAAAAGUUGCCUGAUAGCUUUGAAAGAGUUUUGUACCUUGACAUUAGACCUGAUGAUCACUCACUCAACUAUACCAGACUCUACUACUAUCAUGAGGAUAUCUUAGUUGAUUAAGAUACUUAUAGUGAGAGAAGCUAUCAGCAAAUGAAUGAAAACCAUUAGAGUCACAAAUUAGUGCUUUCAGAUGAUGACGAUCCAAAAGGAGAUGCUUGUAAGCCUUAAUCUUCAAGCCCUAUGAAUCUAGAGAAGGAGUAUAGCCUGCUUCAUCGUUUCACUGAGGAUGACGAGAAAGAGAACCAUCAAAGAUACUUCAACUCAUUACUAUCCCAUCCUUCAUCUACGAGGUCCAGGCAAAAUCAUCAGUCUCACUAGCAGAGGCAUUCCAAUAAUAUGAAAAUGUUUUCUAAGUUCAAUCAAAGUCCAAAGUCACCAUCAAUGUCUCAUCGCCACAUUGAGAAAUAAUAGUCUAAAAUCUUCAAUCAGAUUGUUUAGUCUAAAUUCCCUAGUCAGAGUCCGCUUUAGUAGAAGCAAGUGAAAUUGAAUUCUGAGAAAGCAAAUAAUGCUAAUGAUAAUGCAUUUGUGUCUAAUUAGCCAUAGAGUACAAUCUUGAACUAGAGUCAUUAGACAGUCUAGCAGUCUCAGAAUUAAUAGUUAGCUCACUUUAAAUAGAUGCAACUAAUGCAAUAGUAGUAAAUUUAAAUGGCUUAGCAGCAGGCUAAUGCUUUUUACCAAGUGUAGCAGAUUCCCCAGAGCUAAUAAAUGUCUAACAUAAGAUAGCCACUCCAUCCCAUUUCCUAUCAAAAUUUAGUUAAUGUUCCUUCCUAUAUCAAUCAGUAAACGCCAGUAUCUCCUGCUUAAAUUAUGUAAAGCUCUCCUAAAUAUGAAAUGACAAAUCCAUCUAUCCACUACUAUAAUUCUCAAAUGGAGAACCAAAUGAACUAUCAUAUACUAUACAAUGGUUAGCUCUACUCAAACUCACCAUAAAUGUUUUAAUAGAAUAACUAACCCAUUGACAUGAAGGUAAAUUCUCAAUCAUUUGUACCUCGGAAAUUCAAGAACAAUGAAGCCACUUGUCAGCAAUAGAAUUCCUCCAAUAAUACUUAAAUAUAAACUAAUGCACCAAAGGAGUCAGUAUUAAAUCCAGAGAAUAUAAAAACUUUGAAUGUUGGCUCAAAGGCUCAAAUCAUGAAGCCAAUUUAGAAACAACCUGUGUCUCAACUAAAUUCACAGAAGAUUAAACAGAUGAGCCUUUAAAAUGAGGAAUCAUUAGAUGAGUAUGAGAUUUAGUCAGAGAUUGUUGCAAAUUAAAUGGUAGAAUUUGUUUUGGAUGAAAAUAGAGAGCAACUUUUCUACACCUCAGUACCAUAAGUUGUACAUUUCCAAUUAGAUUAGGGAUCAAUUUACUUCAACACAUAUUUGAACAGUUUAAAGUAAGAAACUGCUACUGCUCAGUUAAUUCCUCAGAAGUAGUAGCUUUACAAGGACAUUACCUCAAUGAACUAAACACUUUUUAAUAGAACAUCAGUUUUUAAUAACAGCAUCUUUUGA